AUGGCAUAUAAACUACUUUUAGUUUUAUUUGUUAGUUUAGUGUAUUGUACAAGAUAUUGCGCAGAAACAACUACUGAAGUUACUCCUACAAAUUCAGAUUUUUCUAACUUCUUCUCAAAGUUUAAGACUAUUCUUUCGGCAGCAACAAACCAGACAAACAAUCAGAAUGGCAGUAUAGUAGAAAAUGUUGAUACCAGUGAAAUCCCAACAGAAGCUACAGAUAUACCUACGACAUCAAGUAAAAUAGAAACAACAAAUACAACUAUAGAGAAAAAUACAUCUACUGAAAGCAAUAUUUGGAAUUCUACCGUAAUAGUAGAACAGAAUUUGACAACUGAUAUACCAAAAAAUGAAACAGUUGGUGAAAUUAGUACUGUAACUUUGCCAAAUCCAGUAACUUUACCGGUACCAAAACGAAAUGAUACAAACUCAUCUUCUUUCAAAAAACUUAAUUCAUUUCCAUCAAAAGGCGAUUCUAAGAGUCAUCAAGAUAUUUACAUAAACAAUCCAUAUUUUGUUUAUAUAAAUAACUAUAAUUAUUACGAUAGUGGUAGAUCUACUUUGCAACGUCAAGUUAAAAACCAACGAAAUAAUAGAUUACGAUAUAAUGGCCGUCGUCGUAGGCCACCUUCGUAUUUGCAGAUGUUUGGCAAUUUUCUUUCAAACCUGUUUCAUUCCAUUAGAAGAUCGCCUGUAAGAAAUGACUAUUAUGACUACGACGAGGACGGUGGGACUGAUUAUCCUUAUUAUGAAUAA